GCCCAGUUCAAUUGGAUUUGUCAGGCCUAGAUUUGAGCCGAAAAUAUGUUUCCACCAAACUGAUCCAGACCGAAACAUUUCAAGUCGGAUCGCCUCCGAUGAUGUUCUGUUCGUGAGAGACACAGCACAGAUAAUAAAAUGCAAAAAAUCGCAAUUUUCCGAGCUAGAAGGUGGCUAUGUAGGAGCUUCUCGGGCAUUUCUUCAAACCCAUUGCGGGUGUGUGUCGUUGGAAGUGGCCCUGCUGGUUUCUACACUGCGGAGAAGAUGUUGAAGGCGCAUCAACAAGCACAAGUUGAUAUCGUUGACAGGUUGCCCACACCUUUUGGGUUGGUUCGCUCUGGUGUUGCACCCGAUCACCCUGAAACAAAGAUUGUCAUCAACCAGUUUUCAAGGGUGGCACAACAAGAACGAUGCUCAUUUUUUGGUAAUGUGACCCUUGGAUCAAGCAUUUCUCUCUCUGAAUUACGCGAGCUGUAUCAUGUGGUUGUCCUUGCAUAUGGUGCUGAAAGUGAUAGAAGUCUUGGUAUUCCUGGGGAGAAUUUGAAAGGGAUACAUUCUGCUAGGGAGUUUGUUUGGUGGUAUAAUGGGCACCCAGAUGGACAAAAUCUUGAGCCAGACCUAAAGAGCACUGAUACAGCUGUAAUUCUUGGUCAGGGAAAUGUUGCUUUAGAUGUUGCAAGGAUUUUUUUACGACCUACCACUGAGUUAGCAACAACUGAUAUUGCCAGUCAUGCUUUGGCUACUCUAGAGGAGAGCUGUAUCAGGGUGGUUUAUUUGGUUGGAAGACGUGGUCCAGCACAAGCAGCUUGUACUGCAAAAGAACUGCGUGAAAUUCUUGGUAUUCAUAAUGUUGAUAUUUUCAUUCAGGAAUCUGAUCUACUUUUAACCCCACUGGAUGAGGAAGAACUUAAGAGUAACCGAAUACAGAGAAGAGUUCACGAGUUGCUAUCUAAGGCUGCUAGAUCAAAACCUAAACACAUAGGUUUGAAUCAGCGUGAACUCCGUUUUGUCUUCUUCCGUAAGCCAAAUGAUUUUCAGGAGUCGAAUGAGAGAGCUGGCCAUGUUUCUGGCGUGCACUUUGAGAAGACAGUUCUUCAGGGUGUUAGCCACGGAAAACAGAUUGCUAUUGGUACUGGAGAGUUUGAAGAUAUAAAAUGCGGGAUGGUACUUAAGAGCAUUGGUUACAAAUCAGUACCGGUUGAUGGCUUACCUUUUGAUCAUAAGAAAGGUAUAGUUCCAAAUGAUAGAGGUAGAGUGUUGAGUGACCCUUCAGAUCCUACAGUCCCUGAAAAGGGCUUGUAUGUAUGUGGCUGGUUGAAGAGAGGACCAACUGGCAUUAUUGCCACAAACUUGUAUUGUGCAGAAGAAACUGUUUCGAGCAUAUCCGAAGACCUUGAAAAAGGAGGGUUGAUUCCAUCAUCAGCCCUGGAAAAACCAGGCAGGGUCGGACUUCUCCAGCUUCUGCAUGACAGAAAUGUAAGAAUAGUUUCAUUCAGUGAUUGGGAAAAGAUAGACUCUGAAGAGAGGAGGCUUGGAAGUUUAAGGAACAAGCCUAGGGAAAAACUUGCCACUUGGGAUAAACUGUAUAAAGCUAUCUCAUAAGGAAUCAAUAAUUUCAUGAUACUUCAUUAUUUUAAGCUUGAUAAACAUCUUUUCGUACCCCAAGGACAGUAAAUACACGAAGAAACUAUACACUUGUCGGUGAAGUCAUUCUCUGUGUCUGUUGUAAUGCCCUCAAUCAUUUCGUAAAAUGGUGAAAUCCCUUUGAACACAAACCAUGCUAACCUGUUGAUAGGUGGUAAUUGUAUGGUUAUUGUCUUACUG